AUGGAAGCAGAUAUGCAGGAUACCCCGCAAGGUGCAGUCACAGAGUCUCUACAUUCUGUAACUACACCCGUUGUCGACCCUCCAAGUGCAAUACCUACCCAACAAGAGUCGCUUCCGGGCCGGAUAAAGGGAUUAACAAUAUCUACAAACACCCUGGAUCGUUCACUGUCGCCGAACACCGAUCAACCCCCUCUCCCACCGGAGAAAGACGACGCAUACCUUAACCAGAAACCUCAGUCUGCGCCCACUUCCCAUUCGUCAACAAAGACAUCCUCUGAAUGGGCUGAAAAGGAACUACCAGAAGUGCCUGAGCGAGGGAAGAAGGCUGAUAAUGGCGGGGUUAGUCGAGAUGAUGUCUCCCAGCCGGAGAUUCAAAGCAUCAUAGAACAAUUCCAGGAUCCAGCGCAUGGCGAUAGUGAGGAGCAGAUAAUGUCACCUCGACUGGAGUUAGCUGAGCAAUUCUUUGGUGGGCAAGGUCACUUUCCUCCUCGACAAUCUAGCCUUGAUCAAAAAAAGGCAGUAGGCGAGGGCGCUCAGGCUUCAAACGUCAAGGUGGGAGCGCCAUCCGCUUCUCCAGAGAAACAACUUGCCUCGAGCUCUACGAGCGUGCACAGGCGAUCACUUGUAGAAGAGCCAGCGCUGACUCGGCGCUCGUCCACAUCGACUUUACCUCCCCCACCAGAACCAGAGCCUGACCAACCUUUCGAUUUUCAUCGGUUCCUGGAACAACUGCGACACCGUACUGCUGACCCGGUGGCGAAGUUCCUACGUUCGUUCCUCCAUGAGUUUGGGAAAAGACAGUGGAUGGUUCAUGAACAAGUUAAGAUCAUCAGCGAUUUCUUAGCUUUCAUCACUAAUAAGAUGGCUAUAUGUGAAGUUUGGCGUGACGUCUCGGACGGCGAGUUUGACAAUGCUAAAGAAGGGAUGGAAAAACUCGUGAUGAACAGACUGUAUUCACAAACAUUUUCCCCGGCUAUUCCUUCCCCGCCCACCAUUCCAAGAAGUACCAGCCGGAGCAAACGAAGAGAAAUGGAGAGACUCCAUGGUCCUUGGAGGCGCGGCCAACACCAGGAAGAUAUUGAGCGGGAUGAGGUGCUGGCUCAGAAGAUCCGUAUCUAUAGUUGGGUAAGAGAGGCGCAUCUUGACAUACCACCAGUAGGCUCUCAUGGCCGUCGCUUUUUAACUCUCGCCCAACAAGAGCUCUCGAAGAUUAACAGCUACCGGGCACCCCGCGAUAAGGUUAUCUGCAUCUUGAACUGCUGCAAAGUCAUCUUCGGUCUACUGAAGAAUUCGAAAUCAUCUGAUACUUCAGCCGACUCAUUCGUACCCCUUCUGAUUUAUGUGGUGCUGCAUGCCAACCCGGAGCACUUGGUCUCUAACAUUCAAUAUAUCCUUCGAUUCCGCAACCAAGACAAACUCGGAGGAGAGGCCGGUUACUACUUGUCCUCACUGUCCGGCGCCAUCCAGUUCAUUGAGACCCUGGACAGAACGAGCUUGACAGUGAGUGACGAAGACUUUGAGCGAAAUGUUGAAGCUGCCGUCUCGGCCAUCGCCCAACAAAAUCGUGAGUCUGAGUCGCUAGAGCCGAAGUCGACCCAACGAUCACAAUCUGCACCAAGGUCUUCCGUGGAUGUCCCACGGGGCCGGAGAGAGGCGACACAAUCCAACGAUGAAGACAACGCUCCAGUAGCUGGACUCCUGCGUACUAUCCAGAAGCCGCUGUCUACCAUUGGAAGAAUUUUCUCUGACGAGCCCGAUUCACCAGAGGAACGACGGACACCGCCAGCGACGAGCUCACCAGUCAGCCCCUCACCACGGCUCAAUCCAAAUGUUUACCAACCACCUCGUAAUAGCGGCGAGGAUCGACGAUCAGGCGAAAGACCCCGCAAUGCAUCACAGCCACGGCGGGCUAGGACUCAUGGUGCACAGGAUGCUGCUGUUCGACAGGCUAGUGCUGAGGACGCCGAGGCACGGAGGAUACAACGUGUUGAGCACAACAAUAUGGUGGAGACGUUGUCAAACAUGUUCCCAAAUUUAGACCGCGACGUCAUUGAUGAUGUUGUCAAGAUGAAAGAGGGGAGGGUUAGGCUAGCAGUAGACGCAUGUCUUGCUCUUAGUGCUGAGUAA